AUGUUGUCCUCCACUUCGUUCAGCGCUGGUUCGCUUUUUCUCUUGGGCCUGGCUUCCUCUGCGACAGCCGCGUCGAGCUACUCGCUGGUUGAGAACUGGCAGGGCAAGAAUUUCUUGGACUACUUCAACUUCCACGUCGGCGAUGACCCCACUAAUGGCUUCGUGAACUAUCUCGAUCAGAGUAGCGCCGAGAGCACGGGGCUGGUCAAGGUGCUGGACUCUGGCAGUGUGUAUCUUGGUGUCGACCACGAGAAGAUUAUCUCGACCAGCGCCAAGGGACGUGACUCGGUACGCAUCGGCAGCAAGAAAUACUACGACCGGUCCCUGAUCAUCGCGGAUAUUGCCCACAUGCCCGGCGGUGCUUGCGGUUCCUGGCCUGCCUUCUGGUCCACGGGCAAAGAAUGGCCUAGCGACGGCGAGAUCGAUAUCAUCGAGGGUGUGAAUCUCCAGGACCACAACGAGAUUGUCAUGCAUACUGCCGGUACUUGCAGCAUCACUGAUUCAGGUAUGAGUGGAGUCGUCAACGCCACUGGCUGUGGUGAGGACCUGGGCACUAUUGGCUGUGUGAUCGAGGGCGAGCAAGGCAGCUACGGUACCUCCUUCAACAAGCAGGGCGGUGGUGUUUACGCCAUGGAAUGGACUGAGGAGUAUCUCAAGAUCUGGUUCUUCCCUCGCGCGAAGAUCCCCGAGUCGAUCACAGACGGCAAGCCCGACCCCAGCCAGUUCGGCAUCCCGAUGGCGCUAGUUCAGGAGGACUGCGACGUUGCCAACAGCUUCAAGCCUCAAUCUUUCACCUUUGACGUGACUUUCUGCGGUGACUGGGCAGGUGGUGUGUUUGGAGACUCUGGCUGCCCUGCAACCAGCUCCGACUCCUUCCAGAGCUGCCACAACUACGUUGCCAACCACCCGGCUGCCUUCAAGGAGACCUACUGGGAGAUCAACUCGGUCAAAAUCUACCAGACCGGCGUUAACGGCAUCGCAGAGACCACCACCUCCAAGGCUGUCGCUACCCACGCCACAGCCACCCACCAAUCUGUUGCCCACGAUACUGCAACUAAGGCCUCCGUCACCGAGGACACUGAUACGAAGUCUACUGCCACUCACGUCGCUGCUACUCAGGCUGAGGCCCAUUCUUCGGCUGCAGUCGAACCCUCCUCCGCCGAAGAGUCCCACGCCGCUGCUACUCCGGUGACCUCGGAGGCUGUUGGCAUCAUCGGCGAGCUGACUCCGUCUUCGACUGCUACGCCUGCUCCCACUGCGGACCACACUGCCACCCAGGCGGUUGUUGAGUCUGCGACCAAAGAAACCACUUCGAAGACCACUCGCUAUGUGACCCAGUUUGUCACUUCCACUACGACUAUCUGUCCGGUUGCCGAGAGCUCGUCGGCCGCCGCCGCCGCCGUCGAGAGCCAUGCCACCGUUGCCGCUCCCUCUUCGGAUAUCGCAGAAUCCCCUGCCACUGCCAACACCGCCAGUGCUCAUGCUGCCAACUCUUCUCCUGCCGCCGCCCAGUCGGAUGUCGCUCAGUCUCCUGCUACGGUUGAGACCGCCAACUCAUCUCCCGCUGUGGCCGAAUCGGCUCCCACUCAAGCACCCACCGCGACGCAGUCCACCAGCGCAGGUGAGACACAGCAGCAGAACGCCGUUCCGACUCAGGCCGCUCAGACUCCUGCUUCCACCGCUCCCGUGGGUGCGGACGCUGCCUCAGCCUCCCGCGGUUCCCCAAGUGAGCAGGGCUCCUCCACCGAGCGUCCCUUGCCCACCAUCAUUCCUGCCCCCGGUGUCGACGCCAACUCUGCGAGCGCCAUUGCCUCCCACGCCGCGCAAACCUCGAGACCCCUAAUCCCGACCUCGACUGGUGCCUCUGCGGCCACCGGCAGCACCUUCCCUGGCACCCCCAGCAGCUCCGGCAACUUUGCCCACUUCACCAGCGGAGCUGACAAGCUGUCGGCCAAGUUCUCCCUGUUUGCCGUCGUCCUCGGAUUCGCCAUGGCGGCAUGA